UAUUAAUUAAAUAGUUUUUAUUUUAUUUAUUUUUUUUUUUGUUUUUGUUGGUUAGUUUUUUUCUUAUUUUAUUAACAUUGAGAAGACUAAACACGACGUUCCUUGUAUUAAUUUCUGUGGGUAUUAUUUUACAAUAAGUUAAGGACUUUAGUGUCUGGCUCCCACGCCAUAAAUAUAAACUUGAUAUAUUUAUUUACAUACGUAGUAAUUGUAUUAUAUAUUUAUAUUUUGGAGAUUUAUAAGUAAAUACUACGAUGUACGCAAAGGGCAAGGGUUCCGCAGUACCUUCGGACAGUCAAGCCAGAGAAAAAUUAGCUCUGUAUGUUUACGAAUAUUUGCUGCAUGUUGGCGCACAAAAAGCUGCACAAACUUUCCUGUCGGAGAUACGAUGGGAAAAAAAUAUAACACUUGGGGAACCACCGGGAUUCCUGCAUUCUUGGUGGUGCGUAUUCUGGGAUUUAUAUUGUGCAGCACCUGAACGACGUGACUCGUGUGAACACAGUAGUGAGGCCAAAGCUUUCCAUGAUUAUAAUGCCGGACCAGCACCAUCACCACUUGGACAGAUGCCACCAAAUGAUGGUAUGCCUGGUGGUCCAAUACCUCCUGGAUUUUUUCCCAACAACUCGACAAUGCGACCAUCUCCGCCCACACACCCCUCAUCACAGCCAUCUCCCCAGCACCCCCAGCCACCCCCGCCCCCACACUCGCAGAUGAUGACCACUCAGUUUAUGGGACCUAGAUAUCCUUCAGGACCUAGACCUGGAGUACGUAUGCCACAAAUGGGAAAUGAUUUCAACGGACCACCAGGUCAACCAAUGAUGCCAAAUAAUAUGGAUCCUAAUAGACAAGGCGAAGCUGGAGAGUUUGUAGGGUGGCAAGGUCCGCCGGGUAUGAAUCCAAUGAAUCCACGAAUGAAUCCACCUCGUGGGCCAGCAAUGGGACCAAUGGGUCCUGGUAAUUAUGGCCCAGGUAUGCGAGGCCCACCACCAAACAGUAGUUUAGGUCCUGGAGGACCUGGAGGUCCUGGUAUGCCACCUAUGAACAUGGCAGGACCUGGUAGACCACAAUGGCAACCAAACACAUCAACACCUAUGAACUAUUCAUCAUCAUCACCUGGUAAUUAUGGUGGGCCACCUGGUUCGACAGGACCUCCAGGUCCAGGUACGCCAAUAAUGCCAAGUCCGCAAGAUAGCAGCAAUAGUGGCGGUGAAAAUAUGUACACAAUGAUGAAACCAGUACCUGGAGGCAAUAUGCCUGGCGAUUUUCCAAUGAGUGGGGGACCAGAAGGUGGACCUAUGGGCCCAAUGGGGCCUAAUACAAUGGGCCCAGUAUUGAAUGGAGAUGGUCUCGACGGUAUGAAAAAUAGUCCAGCGAAUGGUGGCCCUGGUACACCGCGAGAAGACAGUGGCAGCGGAAUGGGUGAUUAUAACCUAAGUGGAUUUGGUGGACCCGGUGAAAACGAUCAAACGGAGUCAGCAGCCAUUCUCAAGAUCAAGGAAAGCAUGCAGGAGGAGGCCAAGAGGUUUGAAAAGGAUUCCGAACAUCCAGAUCAAUAUUUCAUGCAAUAACUCUCCCCGAGUAAUUGGAGCUCGCGAUCUGACUAAAGAAUUUCGCGACUGUGUACUCGAACGAGAUAUAUAGAUAGCUAUAUAUGUUUAUAUAAAUGUAUAUUAAUCUCUUAUUCCAGUACCGUCCCUACGGAUAAAACCACUUAUUCGUCCCUUUUCCUUUUAUAUUAAGUUAUAUAUUAAUUAAUAAUAAUUAAAUAAAUUUUUCUUCUGUUAUCUUUCCUUAAAGUAUCUUGCCCUCGUUCCAUUAAAAAGUCUUCGGAAUCAAGGAAAAGGCGUUGCGAUGGUGGCUUUCGCGAAAUUCUCAUGUCAACAUAUCUCGUACUAAUAAUUAAGAAUUUAAAUAAUAAAAAAAAAAUAAAUAAAUAAAAAACAAAAAAAGUAUAAAAUUAAAAUCAGUACAUA